ACACAACAUUAGCACCCCAUAAGUGCGGCAGAAUUUGCCUAGCGUGCGAGCAAACGCUUGCAUUGAUAAACAUGGAGCAUGCCACCAACAGAAGUAGCAGCCGCAGCAGCAGCAGCAGGGAAUAGCCAUCGCACGAAUCGCGAAUUGUGCAUGCAGAGAAGCAGGCGCUCAGUCGUCUCUUCUACUCCAUCUUCUUUUGUCUGACUCUGACCGACGACUUUGCCGCAUGGCUGACGGCCACUGGACAACUGAAUAUAGCAAUGAAUGAUUUACGUCAGCAGCAGAUGGUAGCAGCGACAUCGUCAUCAGGAUCGGGAACAGGAACAGUAACAGUAACAGGAACCGGAAUACCAGCAUCAAUUGAAUCAGCACCAGCAUCCUCAACAGCAGGAGCAACCACGACCACGGAGCAACGCGUCACUAGCAAUUCAAAUAUAAAAUCCGGAGGAGCCACUGAGAGCACCACGAACAGUAGCGAAGAGGAGCAGCGGGUCAGCUCCACGUCAUCCCCGGCACAGCGAGAGCAGCAACUGAAUGCGGAUCACGAGCCGGACCAGGACCAGGGUCAGGACCAGGAGCAGGAGCAGGAGCAACACCAGCAGCGGCAGGAGGCACUGCAUCGACGGCGUCAUCAUCAGCCCGGGCAUAUAACUAGUACUACAGCGUCGCCGCCGCCACAGCCGCAGCCACCGUCGACGCAUCCGCAUCCGCUAUCACUGGCUACGUCUCGCGACGAUGCUCCAGGCACCACUGGAGUCACAGCAUCAGCGUCAGCAGCCCCAUCAGCAAGCACAACAGCAACAGAAGCCGCAUCGUCCGCGGCCGGAGGAGGAGGACCGGCGAUGGCUGCCACGGCGAUCGACGUAAAGGGCGAGGAGCGGGACGGACACAAGAUCAUCUUGAAGCUUUCGAAGCACGUCGCAGCCGCUCCCAACUCAAAUCUAAAUGAAUCUCAGCCCGGUGGCGACGAGAGGCGCGUCGAGCCACUGCGUAUUCAGCUGUCCAGCGACGGAGGCGUGGCCAAGCCGCAGGACGCCUCCGAUGCGGACGCCUCGUCGUGUUCGUCGUCCUGCGCCGAGGACGAGGUGGCCAGCAGCCUGGCCCAGCAUCCACGGAGCACCCCGCACAUAGUGCCAAAGCUGACCAUCCGUGCCGCCAACGAGGAGCGAGUGGGCAGCGUGGUGCCCAAGCUGACCAUUAAGUUGCCCGAGAAUCCCGCCGCCUCUGGAUCCAAUUCGGGAUCAGGAGCUGGAUCGGCGACAGCAGCUCUGCCGUCUAAGAACGACGCCCAUCUGUCCAGCCUAUCGCCCGCCUCUGCCUCCUCCUCUUCGGCCUCCUCAUCAUCCUCGUCGUCGUCGUCGUCUUCGCUCGCCGAGAUGCAGACGGUGCCCAAGCUAAUGAUCAAGACAACGCUGUCCGGAAGCAGCUGCAUCACCAGCAGCAGCGAAGAGCAUCCCCACCAGCAGCAGAUACCAAAGUUAACAAUCAAAACGGGCGGCGGCGGUGGCGGCGGUGGGGGGCAGGAGCAGCAGCACAUGCACACCGUGAUCAUGAAGCACGACCUGAGCAACGCCCAGAGCAUACCCAAGCUGACCAUCAAGACCAAGUCCAUCGAUCUGACCGAGGACGAUGCGUCCGGCAAGCCCCUGGAACAGCUCCAGCCCCUGCCCAAGCUCACCAUCAAGAAUCUGUGCUCGCCCAAGCACAAGGUGCGCGCCGUGCUCGAGGAGAAGCUGCCCUCCGCCGCCUCCAAGCUGGCUACGGCCGCGCCCACGCCCGCCCCGGCCCUAAUCACCAACGGCAUGGAGUCGAAUAGCAGCAGCCAGGAAUUCUGCGGCUUCUCCGACCUGGACGCCGACCAGGCAGCGGCGGCGGCGGCGGCGGCGGACGAGGGGCGUCGCAACUCGGACGACAUGGACAUCGAUGAGUCGCUGUCGAAGGAGCACGACCCGCAGAUGUUCCACCGAUCAGAUCUGCCGCCCAGCAACGGAAUCGCCGGUAGUGCCGCGAGUAAAGCCAGCAAGGCUGGAAAACAACCGAAUCCUGUCCAGCUGCCGGCGGCGCAGCACAACGUUGUGGAAAUGGUGGACCUUACGUCGUCCCCGUCGCCGGGCUCCUCGCCGGCCCACGUCACGAAUAACUUCUCCGGUCGGAUUUCGCCGGCCCAAUCCCGGCCAGCCAAUCUCAUCGAUUGCCUGCGGAUGAAGGCCGACGGCGGCGUUGGAGCCUCCUCCUCGCCCAACUCGACCAUACUUCUCAGUCAGCUAACCGCCCCGCCCAAGAGCUUCGCCACGGCCUCGCCGAAGAGCAACUCCAGCCGGUAUCCGCAGCUGACGGAACGGUUGCUGGCCAACGGUGGCGGUGGAGCUGGCGCUGCAGCAGCGGAAGCGGUGGCAACCUCGGAGGGCGAUUCUAUUGGCGCCCCCAUCGAGAUACUGGACACGCCGGAAGGUAGUCCCCACAUCACGUACAUGGAGGACGAGCAUCUGGACAGCCAGGUCCUCAACAACCACCAUCCGGUCAACCGCAAGGACCAGCAGCCCGAGGACGACCUCCAGGAGGUGGACAACAAUAACGAGAACCACCUGAAACGGACCAGCAGUGCGGGCAACGAAUCUCCCAGCAGUGGCGUUCCGCCCAACAAGCAGCGGCGGAUGGAUAACGACGAGAACGACCAGCCCAUGCAGAACUGCCACGAUCCGGUCAAGAAAUCCAAUGUGGAGCUCUCGACGCCACCACACUCGCAUCGGUCGCGGAAACAGAAGCACGAGCGCAUCCUCAACACGGAGAUGGAGGAUCCCAUCUUCCCGUCAACUCAACAGCCGCCGGUGGCUCUGCCGGAGCAGAACGGAACGGUGGCCACGUAUCCGGAGCACGAUAUUGGCGAGGCCAAGGCGCAGGAUCCCAUGGAUCUGGCGAGCAGUCAGCUCUCGCAGGCACCAACACCGGCCAGCACCGGAAAGCGGAGGGGCCGGCCGAAGCGGGUCCAGAAUCAGAGCGUCAUCGAACCCGCCAACUUGCCCAACCAGUACACGCCCACGGACACGCCGCAGGAGGUGAAGUCGCGGCGGGUGCAGUUGCUGCGCAAGCGCCUGGCCAUCGACAUGGUCAGCCAGGAUCAGCUGCCGGAUGCGGCGUCAGUGGUCGGUGCUGGCGUGGGGGAGCCGAACGCUAUCGCGGAGGAUGAGCCGGCUGGGAUUGUGGAGACACCGACGCGCCGCGACCGCCAACUGAGAGCGUCGCGGCGCACCGUGACGCCCAGCCAGCAGGCCACCCCAAAGGCCACCAGGAAGCGCCAGAGCAAAGCCAAUGCCCAGGCCAGCCAGCUGCCUCCGCCGCCGCCGCCACCCAUGCUCGUCAACUUCGGUGGCUCCGAUGCCGAGUCCAACAACAACAACAACAGUACCAGCAUCUUCGCAUUGGCGGCACAAAUCGAUCUGACCAUGUGCUCGUCCAGCUCGUCGACGUCUUCGGGCGCUCCGGGGGCCCAUCAGACGGCCAGCGGAAUCAGUGGCAGUGGGAGCAGCUCCAUGCUGCCGCCCACGACGAUUCUGUCGUCCUCGGACCGCCUCAAGGACGUUAUUUUCCAGCCAAACGACUUCUCCUCCAUCAUGGCCACCCAGCAGCUGCGCUCGCCCCGCCCCUCCAGCACCAGCGGCGGGAGUGCCGGUGGCAGCCAAGCGGAUUCCCAUGAGGAGGACAACUACAACAGUGCCCUGGACAACUCUGGAGAUGAAUCUGUGUCCACGAUGCCGGUGCUCUCCACACCGACUCCCACACGGGGUCGCGGACGUGGCCGAGGCUCCAGGGGCGGCAGCCGGGGCAGCAAUAACGGGUCUUCCUCGUCAAACCGAGGCGGUGGUAGUGGCGGUGCCGGCCUCUCCUCCACAAACUCCCAGCCGAGGGCCCCGCGGAUGAGUCGAGGAGCCAGCGCCGUGGCGAAGGCCAUUGCCAUGAGCCGGCCGCGCUGCGUGGGCGGUCUGAAGCACACGCCCGAUCCGGAACGGCUCAAAGGACUCUUCAGCCCAUCGCCGCAAGUGUUCGAGGAGGACACGCGCAUGAGCGCGGAUCUUAGCAACAGCAUGCAGUCGAUGAGCAGCCUUAUGGAACCUCCUCUAACGCCACAGAAGCAACCCGAUUUCCUCAAUAAUGAGGAGUCACAGUCGUCCAUGGUGAGCAAUGCCAGCCUGUUGGACUCCAACCAGGGCCAGUCUGUGGACACCAUCAUUAGCUCAUCGCAAAAACGUCCAAAGAAAAAGAAAAUGGAGAUCUGUGUGGCCGAAGAUACCGACUACAGUGCCUCCAGCAUUGCCGAGUACGACUGGCCGCCACCCAAGGGCUGCUGUCCGUCGAAGAAUCGUGACACGUUCAUGAUUCAGGAGCAGGUGGCCCUCUAUCUCGGCAUAACCAGCUUUAAGCGCAAGUAUCCUGAUCUGCCGCGGCGUGCCGUCGAUAUGGAGGAGCGCAACUGGCUGCAGGAGAAGGGGCUGGUCAGCGAGAAGAUGUGCGAUCUGGGCAUCACGGCCGUCUGGGCGUCGGACAUCCUGGACAUCAUGUAUGCUGACUUCUAUGACAAGUACGAGGAGUACAAGGAGUACAUCCGAUUGAAGCACCUGCGCGAAAUCGAGGCCAAGCAGAAGGCGCUGGGCCUGACCGUGGGCGCCUCUCGAGGCCUGCAAGCCCGCGACCGAGCCAUGCUUUCGGCCAGCAAAUGGAAUGUCUACUUCAACAAAACCCGCAAAGAGGAACGCCUGGCCUGCCUGGACUUGCAGACGUUCACCAUGAAUCAGCCGCAGCAUAGGACGGCGCCCCUCUGCACUCGCCUCCAGCGCUCCAUAUCGAACUAUGUGCGGGCGGCGGCCGAGGCGGAGAACAUGGAGGCUCCACCGACUCUUGUUUCGCCCCGCGUCUACGACCAGGCCUUCCGAAGCUCGGACUACGCGUAUCCUCUGACCGUGGUCCCGGACCAGUUCUCCUUCGCCUACAGAGUUUUCAAGCCCGCCGAGCUCAGAGCCUACCCGUUGGACACAGCGCUGGACCUGCCGUCGACUGAUCAGGAGGCAGAGCUGCAACAGCGCAUCAGCCCGGAGUCCAGCGGCGAUGAGGCGACUGUGUCCAAGGAGCCAGAAGUCGCGACAGCUAAGACCCAGGCGCCGGUGCCGGUUCGCCGCAGCAGGAGAGCGCUCCGCCAGCAGUCGGACAAGACGCGUAGCGCCAGCAAUGGCAGUACUUCCUCCGCAGCAUCAGUUUCAUCCGCCUCCAGCGGCAAUGCCAGCAGCAGUGAUACGGAUAGCGGCGAUGACAGCGACUGCAGUAGCUCCUCCACGAGCAGUUGCAACUCUCUGGGUGCCUCGAGCAGUGCUGCCAGCGACGAUGAAGCCGGACGCGCCUCCUCCCAAGCCAGCAGGCUUCUUAACUGCGGGGUCUGUCUGCGCAGCCAGCAUCGCAAUGCCAGGGACAUGCCCGAGGCCUUCAUUCGCUGCUACAGCUGCCGACGGCGAGUUCAUCCAAGCUGUAUCGAUAUGCCGCAGCGCAUGGUGGGACGUGUGCGAAACUACAACUGGCAGUGUGCCGGAUGCAAGUGCUGCAUCAAGUGCCGGAGCAACCAAAGGCCUGGCAAGAUGCUCUUCUGUGAGCAGUGCGACCGAGGCUAUCACAUCUACUGCCUGGGGCUGAGGACGGUGCCAGAUGGUCGCUGGAGCUGCGAACGGUGUUGCGUGUGCAUGCGAUGCGGAGCUACACGUCCCGAGGGCUUGUCCCAAGUUGGAGCAGCGUCGCCGGGUGGGGAGCGCGGAAAGAACUCGCCGCGCGGCAAGCGAGCCAAGUGGGUGCACGAAUACCGCACCGACCAUGUCACCAAAUUGCGCGAGCACUCCGCCAUGUUCUGUGCCCCGUGCGCGAAAACCAAGGCCGCCAACGCCCAGGCGGCUGCACUGGCAGCAGCCGAGUCCUCCUUGCCGGCGAGCAGGGACUCCAGUCCGGCACCAUUGUCUGUCCCUGACCCGAGUCCCAGUCCGACGCUCAAUGGCGGUCCCGAUCUGUCGCCGGGGGAGGCUCCAAGUCCCAAGUUGGCGGCGGUAAGCAGUGCAUCGCCGCCCGUUAUGCUGGAGGUGGUGCCGACAUCGAUGAGUCCUUUGCCGUCAACGGUCGCAACGAUAAGUCGAAGGCCACAGGGCACGCCAGUCACCAUUAGUACGAUGCAGUGCAGCAGCAGCUUAAGCCGAAACGGAACUGAAGAGUCUACAGCAUCUACAGCAACGACAACGACAACCAUUUCGGCAACAACGACAGCAGUAGCGGGAGCAGGAGCAGCAGCAACAGCACCACCAAGCACUGCCGCGUCCGGAGGAGCAUCGCCUGCCACGUCCACGACGCCAAUCGGCAUAGCACCGCCGCCGGUUGUUGCCUGAGUGGGGGUUAUACGUUAUUGUGCCAAACGCACAUUAACGGACUUAUAGUAAGCGCCGGACGCGGCUCCCACCCACACACCCACAUGCAUAUAUAUAUAUAUAUAUAUGUAUACAAAUGCAUAGUAUUAAUAAUGGCAACCAGGAAGAGAGAUGGAUAGAGAAGAGGAACCUGACAAAAGGGAACUAUCUAAGCUAUAAUUUUUUUUUACUUUAUUGUCAGUACCAGGUAUUGCGAUAAGCAUAUAUACCAAUUAUAGUUAUGUUACUUAACUUACACACACAUACACACAUCUAACACACACACACACAUGACAAGCACACAACCAGAGGGGAGCAUAUUAAUUUUAAUCCUUUUUUGUCAAAUUUUUGAAUCAACUAGCACUUAAGUCAUAAUGUAUUAAGUUUUUAUUUACGCACCUUAGUCUAUAUUAGUUGAGUUGUUAAUGCUAAUCUAACCGAUACUAGCAUCAAAUCCUUGUCCUUUGUGUCCCUCAUCCACAUCCCUGUUUCACGUUACACAUUUUUUUUUUAUAUAUUUUCUAUUUUUUUUGUAUUUGUACUUUUUUUUGUAACCAAAUAGUGCGUUAUGAUUAAGUUUAAAGAUGUCGUUUAGUCUCAGCCUUUAAUAAUCCCCCCUAACCUCUGUACUAUAUCUAUUAUAUAUAUAUAUAUACAUUAUUUACGUUUCUAUAUAUACAAGAAUAAGCGAAGCGAAA